AUGGCCCAGAAGCGCAAAAUGACCAAAUCCAGCGGCUCCAAAUCCUCCCCGCCGGCUCGAGAGGCCAAGAAAAGCAAGGCCAUGGAUCUGCAUCAACCGCACCCGAAAGCCAAGGAGACCGAGGAGUUUGGCAUUGUCCAGCGUGAAUUCUACCCUCCUGAAAUGAGCAAUGAACGUUGCAUGGCCUACAAUGACGGUACGCUGGAACGACCCAUUGACCUGCUGCAGAGGACCUGCAAGGAAACGGCCGAGACAAGACAGGCAGUGAAGCCGGGCAACGCCGUUGUCCACUGGUUCAAGACCGACUUGCGAAUGCAGGACAAUCGGGCGCUGCACGCCGCCGCGGAAAUCGCUAAGCAACACCAGAUUCCCUUGCUUGGAGUCUACAUUAUCUCCCCGGAGGAUUGGGCGGCACAUGUGACAAGUCCAGCCCGUGUCGACUUUACGCUGCGGUCUUUGCGUCAGCUUCAGGGUGACCUGGCCCAGCUGGACAUUCCUCUCUAUGUGGAGACACAGGAGAGGCGCAAGAACAUUCCGAAUCGUAUCCUUGAACUCUGCCAGCAGUGGGGUGCCAACCAUCUUCGGGCGAACAUCGAGUAUGAGGUGGACGAGUUACGGCGCGAGGCCAAGGUUGUUCGUCUGUGUGCCAAGAACAACAUUGACUUCACCCCUCUGCACGAUACCUGUGUAGUGACCCCGGGAGUCCUUUGGACAGGGAGCGGCAAACAGUAUGCAGUGUUUACACCCUGGUUCAAAGGGUGGCUAGCCUAUCUCAAAGAGAACCCCGAUCUUCUCGAGCUCUCGGAGAACCCGCAGCCCAAUCCCACCCGCGCUCGCAAGGAGUUUGGCAAAUUGUUCGACUGCGAGAUUCCAGCAGCCCCGAAGAACAAAACAGUGACCGAGGAGGAAGCCAAGCGGUUCUCAAAGCUCUUCCCCGCUGGUGAGCAUGAGGGCCGCAAGCGAUUGGAGAAGUUCCUCGCAGACAAAUGCCCUGACUAUGCGCGGGACCGGAGCAUGUUGACCGGCGAGCCCACCUCGGUCCUUAGUCCCUACUUUGCCUCGGGCGUUCUCAGUGCGCGUACGGCGGUGGCGAUGGCUAAGAAAGACAACAAGAAUCAACUGGACCGAAACAGUCAGGGACACAUGCACUGGAUCAGCGAGGUGGCUUGGCGCGACUUUUAUCGCCAUGUGCUGGUACACUGGCCUUUCAUCGGGAUGAACAAGUGUUUCAAGGUUGAAGCCACAAACAUCGAAUGGGAAUACGACAAAGAGCAGUUCCAGACCUGGUGUGACGGCAGGACCGGCUACCCCAUCGUCGAUGCAGCCAUGCGACAACUUAAACAUUCCGCCUGGUUGUCAAACCGAGCACGCAUGAUCGUGGCAUCCUUUUUGUCCAAGGAUAUGCUGAUCGACUGGCGUCGCGGAGAGCGUCACUUUAUGGAAUACUUGGUUGACGGCGAUUUCUCGUCGAAUCAUGGCGGAUGGGGAUUCGGCGCCAGCACUGGUGUUGAUCCUCAACCCUACUUCCGUAUUUUCAACCCUCUUCUGCAAAGUGAGAAAUUUGAUCCGGAGGGGGAGUAUAUACGUGAGUGGGUACCCGAGCUACGUGAUGUUCAGGGUAAAGCCAUCCACGACCCGUACCAUCGCGGAGCAGGCCCUACUGCCCAGAAAAACGGGUAUCCCAAGCAGAUUGUCGACCAUUCGGCCAGUCGCAGUCGGGCUCUAGCCCGAUACAAGGAAGCUUUACAGAAGUGA